CCCAUGUUCAAAUGCACAGUACUGAAUCAUUAUACUACGAUGUAUUGAUUCGGUAGCCCUAAAAUGGCUUAGAUUUUCGUGACAGAACGUUAAAAACGAAUUGAAUGUUCCUAGCAUGUUUCCACCGGAAUUUUUUAAGUGACGGACAGGCUUACCUUUUUACAAAAUGACAGCUGAGAAAGAAAACACGAGUUUGAAUGUCACUACUGCAAUUGUGACAGAUAACGACGACAAACUACAACUAAUGAAAGGUGCAGCUUUCCUGACGACUGUCGCAUCUGCUGGGAUGAUAGCAGGAUUCGGCUCCACGUUAGCCUUGGCCAAGAAAAAGAGUCCAGGCUGGUUUAGCAAGGGAACAAUGGCCACUGCUGCAGUACCGGAGACUGGGGCGUCCCUGGCUCUCCGUGCCCUGGGGUGGGGCUCUCUCUUUGCCUGGUGUGGAAUGGGCCUGCUCAGUGUCGCAGUCUGGAAAGCCAUGGGGGUCCAUAGUCUAACAGAGUUCAGGCAGAAGAUGCAGUCUGUUUUCCCAGCUAUUCCCAAAAACGAGGAAGGACCGGCCAACUCGGAGGAAUGGGACUCCAUCUUCAAGUCUAAAGAGAACAACGGAUCUAGCUGACAUUCUCCCUGUCUGGUUCAGGGCAGCCUUAAUAAACCACUGAUUUAAACAAUUACUGUGGCAUGGGCUGAGAAGGAAAGGAACUUGGCAUCCACUGGAUGUACUUGCAGGUUACUGGGCUCAUUCACCGAUGCUCAUCUGAAGUCUAUGCAGAGUACUCCUUGUGUGGAAGAGAAAUCAUAAACUAAACUAAUGGAUUGAGGCAUCAUGGUUAAUCUUAAUUUCUGAUUUGAGGCUUAAUAUUUAAGAUCACAGGAGCACAGGACUGUAUUGUACUAGUAUAGGAGUUCGGCUUAGUGCCAGUCUGUGUGCUCUUGCCAACUCCAUUGCUAAUUGUCAAGCAAAAUAUUUUUGUCAUGCCAAUGAGUGACAACUUAACAUGAUAGCACAAACAGACUAGCACAGUAUUCCUAGGCAACAACUGCUUUCUAAUAUUGUAAUCUCUGUGGCUGUUUGGAUUUCAUCAUGAUAUAAUUGACACUUCUAUUUUUGUUCUAUGAAACUAAAAAAGCUAAAUGUGUUUUCAGUUCUGAAGACAGUGAAGGCUGGCCAGCUGAAUGUGAGGCACCUGUCUGGUUUCACUUAAAACAGACCCAUCAUCCAAUGUAACACCUAUUUAAGUGUUUGCCGUCAGCUAUUCCCAUGAAAGACAAGUAUCAAAGCAAGAACCGACCUGAACUAUUUUAAACUGUCCCGGCUAGCCGUAGAAAUAAGUGUGCGUCAUCCUAAAUGUGCUUGUGACUGCUGCCCCUGAUGUUUUCACACACAAAGUUGAAUGAGUGCGUCAUGCAAACAUUUGAUGCCACAGCUGUAAUGUGGAGCACGGUGUUGGUUAUACAGAGAAGUGUCAGUUCAGCUGUAUGUUAUCUGUCGUGCGUAUGAUCAUUCCUUGCCCGCUGUGCUAAAUAAACUACUGUACUUAUCUACAGUCUGGUAGGUUGCUGUUAUUUAGCAGACGCUUUUAUCCAAAGCGACUUAGUUGGUUGUGAUACUUUGUAGAGGAGAUUCUUGGACAAUGGAAGUGAAUAAUAAUGUUUGGCCAUAUUCAUUCUGCCACGAUUCUCCAGUUUACAAUCUCUGGACAAAAGAGUCAAACACCCUUCACAGUGCUCAACCAGAUUUCAUGUACAUUUAUUCUUAACAUGUGGAACAUAUAGUAUAAACAUUUUACUGAAAACGAUGUUCAUCAAAUGUUAACUGUCAAUCGGACAUGAUUUUUUUUUUAAACAAUUCAAUUCCGGAAUACAGUUCUGCCCAUUGUGAUCUAUUAGUUAGCUGACUGUACAAUCUAAAUAAGUGUCAAAACUAGUCAGACUGAAAUCAUCCCUAUAUGUCAAGAGACCUGUGUCAGUCAGUCAACAUAAUUCUUUUAAAUACAUAAAAUGACUGACCUCCAGUUGAAGAGUCACCAAAUAUCCAUUAUUCAAAUACAAAGUAAUCAUAACAUCCAUUAUAAUGAUCAACUACCAUCACUUCUCAUACCACAUCUCUCGGAGAAGAUACCAAAUAGGGCUGUCUGAAUAUACAACGUCUAUAUACAAAUGGGCCUAUAUAUAUAUAUAAAAAGAAAAAAUAAGACUGAGGGAAGUACUGCACGUGGGUUUGAGAGUUUACCUGUCUGUUGCUAUGGUUACCAGGAAGUAAGUCAGUUGAACAGGGUGACUCAUGUCUCCCUCAUAUACUGGUAUUGUAAUAUUAUUAUGCAAUGCUUAUUUCAUAAUUUCCCCCAAACAAGCCAACUAAGGCCUAAUUACAAUCUGAUCAAGCGUUAACCAGCGAUAGCCAACACCCGUAUAGCUCAUGUUUCGGCCGUGCUGUCAAAUUGGCGAGCAGCUGCUCUUGUGGUUAUUGUCAUGAAGCCACACCCAUCGAAUUGAAAAUCAUUCAAAUGAAAUAAUGAGGAAUUUUCUCUCACAUUCCAGUGUUCAAACUUGUAAACAAGGCUGCGUGGGAUUUUUCUUAAUGCGACUCCAUGCAGCCAAUGGCAAUGUUCACUUUAGGUAUAAUGCCAGGAGCCGCUUGUAGAUUUUUAUUUUA